AUGGCUCCUGCUGCAUUGGAAAAAGAAGACCAUGAGCGCGACGCUCAAUUCAACCGCGCUCUUCAUGGCCAGAGCUCUCAGGCGGAAGGUGGCUUUGCUGCCAUGCGUGGGAAGGACGCUGCUGCGCAAAAGGCAGCUGUUGAUGAAUAUUUCAAGCAUUGGGAUAACAAGGCUGCCGGCGAUGAGACGGAGGAAAUUCGCGCGGCACGUCGAGCGGAAUAUGCGACGUUGACUAGACACUACUACAACCUCGCGACCGAUUUCUACGAGUACGGAUGGGGCUCAUCUUUCCACUUCUGUCGAUUUGCCCAAGGAGAACCUUUCCACCAGGCCAUCGCUCGGCAUGAACAUUAUCUCGCUCAUCAGAUGGGCAUCAAGGCUGGAAUGAGAGUGCUCGAUGUUGGCUGCGGUGUUGGCGGCCCUGCCCGCGAGAUUGUUAAGUUCUCUGACGCCAAUGUUGUGGGAUUGAACAACAACGACUACCAGAUCCAGCGUGCAACCCGUUAUGCGGAGCGCGAAGGCUUGAGUGACAAGCUAAGCUUCGUCAAGGGUGACUUCAUGCAAAUGAGCUUCCCUGAUAACUCGUUCGAUGCUGUAUAUGCCAUUGAGGCUACCGUCCAUGCCCCCGAGCUCGAGGGCGUGUAUAAGGAGAUUAUGCGUGUGCUAAAGCCGGGUGGUAUCUUCGGCGUUUACGAGUGGCUCAUGACCGACAAGUAUAACAACGAAAUCCCCGAGCACCGCCAGAUUCGUCUGGGCAUUGAACAGGGUGAUGGUAUCUCCAAUAUGGUCACGAUAUCCGAGGGUCUUGACGCCAUCAAGAACGCCGGCUUUGAACUCCUUCACCAUGAGGACUUGGCUGGCCGCAACGAUGCCAUCCCCUGGUACUAUCCUCUGGCCGGAUCGUUCAAGCACAUGACAUCCCCCUGGGAUGUCUUCACCAUUGCGCGCAUGACCUGGUGGGGUCGUGGUAUCGCCCACCGCUUCGUCGGCGCCAUGGAGUCAGUCGGUCUUUUCCCCAAAGGCUCACAGAAGACCGCCGACAGCCUUGCACUGGCCGCCGACUGUCUCGUGGCUGGAGGGGAGAAGAACCUGUUUACCCCUAUGUACUUGAUGGUUGGACGGAAACCUGAGUAA